CCGUAACAACCCAAGAAAACUGCCUCCACCCCCGACCACAUCCCCACCAACCCCUCCAUCUUCCUCCUGCCCAACCCAAUCCUCCUCUUGCCCCUUCCUCCCCGCGCCGGCGGAUCCCCACCCCCACCACGCGCCGCCGGAGCAACGCCCCGCCCGGCCCCACCCCACAACGGACCACGUGCCAUCGGAGCCCCGCCAACUUCCUCCUCCCGCUACCGUAUUCCCCGCCGACCGUCCUACCUAGCCACCGCGAGCCCGCCUGCCUUCCUCCGCGCGUCCACACUGCCGCCGCCCAGCCUUCAUCCCGCGGCUCCGCAUCGCUGUCCCUGUUGGGCCCCGCGCCCACCAGCACCGCAUCUGCGUUGUCGUCUUGGCUGGGCCUCGCGUCGGCUAGUCGCCGGAUCCGCGUCGCCGUCCUCCCGCACCUCCGCAUCGACGCCCAGCCUUCCUCCCGUGCCUCUACGUCACCGUCGGAUCUGCGACGCCGCCCUCAACCAACCACCAGCCGCUAAAUCCAACGAGAUCGGGGAGGUUGCCGGCGAAUCUCGCCUCCCCGUUCCUCCACCAUGCCCGAUGCUGUGUUGCGCCUGAGUCCCGACGCGGCUACCUCCUCUUCUCUCGCAUGGAUCCAUUGGAGAAGCGCCCGAUCCGAGCUCAGCCAUCUCUUCCUUCACUGCCUGCGUCUUGCAGUUCACUAAUCUGAUGCAUCGGCAACCAGCGAAAUUCAACUCCUGGUUGAAAUGCAUUUUCGUUUGGUGUGCGCAAGUCUCCUCCGCCGGGCAUGCAGUGCAUUCUACUGUCCGGUUGGACUGCAUGGGUUUUGUUUGCUACUGUAGUUGUCCGGUUGGUCAUUGCGCCAGCCCACUUCUUCACGCCUACUGUCCAUAACACCAAUAUCCACACCUAUAUAGACUUCAAACUCGAUCCCGCUCCCAACAACUAUCACCGCUGGCGCACCCUUUUCCGCUUCGUCCUUGCCGAGUGUGAUGCUCUCGACCGCAUCGACGAGGAGGCCGACCCCGACGUCACCAAUCCAGACUGGCUCAAGACUGAUCUCUGGAUCGUCCUCUGGAUUUACUCCACCAUCGUCGGCUGCCUUGGCGACGUGGUCAUCUCGGACGAUGGCACCGCCCUCGCGACAUGGACUCGCAUCCGCGACACUUUCUCGCCAACAACGCUGCCCAGGGCGUCCACCUCACCCGCAAGUACCACAACCUCCGCCAAGAUGCUACAAGGCCUCCAUGAGGACUUUGAGACCAUCGACACUGUCCUCGGUGACCUCGUGCCUCUCCCAUCCUUUGAUGUGGCCCUCUCCCGCCUGGACCUCAAGGAGAAAGAUCUCAAGACCCGGUGCAAGGAGAAGCGCCACGCCGUCCUGCUUGCGCACGGCAGCAGCUCCAUUGGGGGUGAUCUUUGUGAUGACCGCGCCCAGCAGGGUGGCGGCUCUGGCGGUGGCCGUCCCGACCGCUCCCACCAGGGCGGCUAUGGUGGCGACCGUGGCUUCCAACAGGGCGGCCGCGGUGGCGGCGGACGCGGCGGUGGCCAGCAGGGUGGCGGUCGCGGCCGCUACAACAACUCUCGAGGCCGCGGCCGUGGCGAUGGUGGACGCGGCCAACAGCAAGCCCCUUGGAUUGGCUACUUCGCCCCCUACGGGGUGGCGUCGCCCCGCCCAUCCUGGGUGCCGCCCAACGUUGUCGGGGUGCUCGGUCCACGACCUGGUGGCAUGACACAUGCAUACACGAUGCUGCACUCUUCCUCUUCUCCGCCCAUGUACGCUCCUCCGCCGCCCCUGCCCGUCACUCCUUCGUGGGAUCACCAGGCCAUGUUCAACGCUGCCUACAGCAACAUCGCGACGCAACAUCCCAACAGCGGCACCGAGUGGUACCUGGAUUCGGGUGCGACCUCUCAUGGCACUGGCAAUCCGGGACCUAAUCACUCGGAAAAUCCUCAUGAUCUCCACUAGCACAGGCGAUCUUUAUCCGUUCACCGGCGCUCCUUCAUCUACCCCAGCAGCCUUCUCCAUCACCGUGGAUACGGACUUAUGGCACCAACGGCUCGGCCACCUUAGGCCCGGCACCCUCUUUCGCCUUUCUAAGGAUUUUAUUUCCUCUUGUAAUAAACGACAUGUCUCUUCAUAUAAUGCAUGCCAAUUAGGUCGUCACACACGACACCCAUUUUCCUCUUCCAAUACUUUUACCACCUCACCUUUUCAGCUCAUUCAUUGUGAUUUGUGGACUUCUCCUCAUGCAAGUUUUUUCGGUUACGAAUAUUAUUUGAUUGUGUUGGAUGAUUA